GAGAAUAUGUAUUUAGUGUUUAGUUGAUUGCUAUAUAAUUAUUAAAACGACUUUAGUGGAAACGAACUAUAUUUUUAGAGUAGUCUAAAAUGGUUAAACACAGAAGAAAUUUAACAAAAUUUCAAAAACUUUGUUUGCUUUCGUGGAAAAAUUGGAAAACACAGAAGCAACAAAAGCUCGAGUUGUUCUUAUCAGUGUUGGGGCCUUUAAUCGUUGCCAUUAUUUUGAUUUCAAUGCGACUCAGUGUAACUAUCACGAAAAUACCAGAGACGCACUAUGUGGCCAUCGAUUUGGCAGACACAUCACAUAUAACUAGCGACAAGACCGAACUGUUGUUUUGUCCACAAAAUAUUUACUUUGAAAAAAUUAUGCAAAACGCUGCAAUUAAAUUGUCGAUGUCGAACGUAAAGUCCUCACAAAAUCCAGAAAAAAUGGAAACAGAACUGUUAAAAGGUGACUAUUUCGCAGGAAUUGAGUUCAACGAUUCGUUACUUUAUACACAUUCAUAUCCUCAUACAUUAUCAUACACCAUACGGUUUCCCAGUGAUUCAAAUGAUGAAAAUAUGUGGCAAACAAGCAAUCUCCUACCAGAUAACGUAUUGAUGGGACCAAGAAACCUCCAUGACAAUGAUGGUGGCACACCAGUUGCUUAUAUCCGAAAAGGUUUUCUCGCUUUACAGAAUGCAGUGGCGAUUUCCUUUUUGGAAUUAGCUUCUAAUAAAAAGUCACUACCACCAAUUUUCAUGCAAAGAUUUCCAUAUCCAGAAACAGAAAUAGAUACUUUAAUGUCAAAAAUGGAAAUAUAUGUACCGAUUCUAUUGAUGUUGGCUUACUUUUAUUCAUCAGUUGAGUUAACAAUGUUUAUUGCAGAAGAGGAGGAAAAACGUGCAAAACAUCUGUUGAAGGUAAUGGGUGUGAAAAACUGGAUGCAGUGGCUGUCAUAUUUCACAAAAGAGUUUUUGUUUAUGGGGUUAACUGUUUUAUUCCUGACAAUAAUGUUUAAAAUUAAGUGGAGAAGUGGAUUCGCAGUAUUCACGAAUUCGAGUGGAACUCUUUUAUUCUUCUUUCUGCUUACAUAUUGUACCUGUUUGAUAUGUUUCUCCUUUAUGAUUACUGCAAUUAUUCGAACCAAAACAAAAGCAGCAGUGUUCGUGGCUGUAUUAGGAUUUGUUAUAUUUGUGCCAUAUUUGACGGGCAACUACAAGGAACAAAGUUUAACAGAAAAACUCAUAUGGUGUCUAUUAUAUAAUUCGGCACUUGGUUACGGUUUCAGGGUCAUAUGUGCCAAAGAAACGAGUGGAGAGGGCGCACACUGGACUAAUAUAUUUCAACCCAUAUCGGUUGAAGAUAGUCUUUGCAUAGGUUUUAUUAUCCUUAUAAUGCUAAUCUCCAUUUUGCUGUCAAUAUUUAUUUGUUGCUAUGCAGAACGAGUUAUGGCAGAUCCAUAUCCAACCACGCGAAACUGGAACUUCAUAUUUAGCGAUUGGUUGACAAUAACUGAAGUUCGGAAAAAAAGUGUACAUUUUGGUAGUGAAACAUACGAUCCUGUAGCAUUUCAGGAAAUUCCUCCAAACAAGAAAAUUGGUGUAAGCAUAAAAGGCUUAAAAAAAGUAGUAGGCGAUAAAGUAGUGGUGCCUGCUUUAUCAAUGAAUUUGUUUCAGGGUGAAAUAACAGUGUUUUUGGGGGGUAAAAAUUCGGGCAAAUCUGCAAUUUUGUCAAUGCUAGCGGGAAUGACACAACCAACAAGUGGUUCCGCCAUGGUUUUCACCCAUGAUAGUCGACAACAGAGUGGUCUUCAGCGAGCUCGUAGUUCAAUUGGUUUUUGCUUAAAAGAGGAUUGUUUGUUUGAUGAACUUACUGUAGUGGACCACAUAGUUUUUUUCUCUCGCCUGAGAGCUUUACAUGGAAGUGACGUUGAAACUGAAGUUAGUAAUUGGCUAGAGUUCAUGCAGCUGAGCGAUAUAGCCAACGUACAAGCGAAAAGACUUUCUGCCAAUAUGAAAAGAAAGUUGUCUAUUACCUGUGCUUUGUGUGGCGACAGUCGAGUCGUUUAUUUAGACGAACCUUCUCAAGGCUUAGAUAAUGAGUCCAAGUGGAAUUUUUGGAAAUUAUUACAAGCUGAAAAAGAAGGGCGCACAAUCUUAGUAACAACAAUAUCAUCAACCGAAGCUGAAGUUAUAGGUGAUCGCGUUGCUGUAUUGAGUGAGGGAGAAGUAAAGUGCUAUGGAAGUCCGUUGUUUUUAAACAAAAAUUUUGGUACGGGAUAUCGCUUGAUUUGUCUAAAAAAAGAAACAACAAAUAAGGACGAAGUCACUCUCUGGCUGCGCGAAUUUAUACCUGAAAUUAGGCUAGAAUAUCAGAAUAAAGAUGAAUUGGUCUAUCAAUUACCACCUGCAGACCAUCCAAAUUUCAUCCCAUUGCUAAAAAACCUGCCAGAAAAUAUUGAUAAGCUCCAACUCGGUGAUUACAUAAUAAAGAGUAAUACAGUUAGGCAGUUUUUCACAAAAGGAGAAAUUGAUCCAAUUGAAAGGAAUAGUGUGAAUUUAAAUACGAUCAACUCAUUGAGAAAACCGUAUGUGAAAACGCUUACACUGAUAAGACGUCGAUUGAUCGCCAUGUUCAUGAAGAAAGCGAUAUGUCUUAGAAGACAAUUAGCUUUACCUGUAAUUUUACUCGGAUCGCUGAUGUUUAUCAUAUUAUCUUGUCUAAUAACCUCCAUAUCCAAAUCAAGAUAUGAUCAAUGCCCAAUAACCUAUGCCAUAGAACAAUAUCCGAAGCUUGUAGCUAUUUUGGACUCUUCACAAUAUAACUCGAGUUCCUUGCCUAGAUAUGUUAUAGAGUACGAAGGACUACUUGACGAACAUAGAUCGAAUUAUAUUGUUAAAACAAUUUUUUCAAAAUCAUUUCCUGAAUAUAUGGUGGAAAUGCUUAAGGAUCAAAAAUUUCUGGUUAAUUCAGAGUACUUGGUUGCAGCCACCAUAACACAUGAACUAAUAAUUGCUUGGUUUAAUAAUCACCUUCUGCAUUCAGCGCCGCUAUCUUUAAAUAUGGUACACAAUGCAAUGGCAUAUUCAUUGCUUGGUAAAGAUGCAAAUAUCACAGUGAGUAAUAAACCCAUACCAUACGACAUAAACUCUUUAUUAGCGCGUGUGGGAAGUGAUAUGUAUGGAGGUUCAAGUUUAGCUUUAAAUUUUGGAUUGGCGAUGUCAUUUAUAUCUUCCGUCUUCAUUAUAGCCAUAAUAAAGGAAAGAGUGAACAAAUUCAAGCUGUUGCAAAAUAUUGAAGGCGUUGGUCCAUUGACUUAUUGGAUAACUCAUUUUGUUUGUGAUUGGUUCAUUAUUUUCGUUGCAGCACUAGUGAUAUGUAUUUCAGCUGUGGUGAUCGUAGGCAGGACUGCUUCAAUAAUACUGCGACUAGGUGGAUUACUUUUACUUUCGAGUGCCUUCGGCUUUGCUGUACUUCCAGUAAAAUAUCUGGAAGCAUUUUUCUUUAAUAAACCAGCAACAGGACUUGGUUACACUGUAUUUAUUAACCUUAUUCUGGGUCCGUGUUUGUAUUUGUCCCUCAAGUUAUAUCCAAAUAAGAUGGUACCAGAAUGGUUUUACAUAUUUCCUCAUUUCUUAGUGUGCUUAAGCGCUGAGAGGCUAUAUACUUCUUAUCUUUUAAAGAAAAUUUGCAACUUGGAAAGUGCUCGGCAACCAAAACUUAAGGGAAAUUCAAUAUGUUAUAAACCAAUAUCCGUAAUUGGAUUUGAUUAUCCUGGAAUUGCACUGGAGCUAUUGUUCUUAUUUAUAUUGGGUCUGCUUUAUUUUCUGUUACUCUUCCUAAUCGAAUAUGGUGUGCUCAUAAAAUUAUAUAAUCAAAUACACGGAUUAAUAAUUCGAAAGAAAAAUGAACCAAAUAGAAAUGAACUCUAUAAAGAUUUUCUAGCUGAAAAACGUAUGAUACAGGAGAUGACGAAGGAGGAAAUUUCGAUACAACCACUAGUGUUAAAAGGUGUAACCAAGUACUAUAAAAGUAAUAUUGCAGUCAAUCAAAUCUAUAUGCGUGUGCGGAAGUCACAAUGCUUCGGUUUAUAUGGGGAUCACAAAGCUGGCAAGACGACCAUUUUACAAAUGCUCGUUGGAGAGUCUCAUAUAACGUAUGGAAAUGGUUAUGUGAAAGGCUUAGAUUUGAGAACAGAUAGAAAAUCCAUUCGCAAAAUUAUAGGUUAUUGUCCACAAGAUAAUCCUUUAAUGGAUAUGUUUACUGGCCGAGAGAUACUUAUAUUUUUUUGUCUAUUGCAUGGCUACAAUGAAUCCAGAACAGACUUUGUUUGUAAAGAGGUUGAAGAAAAUUUCUUUCUUCAGGAUUAUUUUGAUUUGCGGAUCGAAAAUUAUACACUGAACGAAAAGCGAAAGUUAAGUAUUGCCAUUGCUUUAAUUGGAUCACCAGAAUUAAUAUUUUUGGAUCACCCAACAACAGAGGUUGAUACAGAUACCAGACGACAAAUUUGGCAAGUGUUGCAUAAAGUACUCAAACAUGGAUCAACGAUAAUACUUGCUUGUGAGAGUUCCAACGAGUGUAGUGCAAUGUGCACCCAUUUGAUUUUAUUAAGAAAUGGUGAAGGUGAGUUUAUUGGCUCGUUGAGGUAUUUGAAAAGAAAAUUGUCAAAAGGUGUUAUAAUAUACAUGAAGAUUAAUCGAAGUCUAGGUUCGAUCUUGUCGAUUUCGAGCUCUUCCAAUGAGUCAUUUGAGAGCAUAACAUCAGAAACAGAGAAACCCAAGGAACAUGCCAAAAUCAUAAGAAGACUGCGGUCUAGUGUUGUAAGAGACGUGAAAGGAUUUCUAAAGCAUAAAUUUCCGAAUGCCGUUCUACAAGAAGAAUACAAGGACUCAUUAAUAUAUUAUAUACCUUUAAAGACCAACACAUUACCAAAAAUUUUCACAAAUAUUGAGAAACAUCGAAGUCGGCUGUGCAUUGAACAUUACAGGCUACGUCAAACGGAUCUAAAUGAUUUUGUAGUAAAUAAUAUCCGCUUCCAUUGAAAUGAAAACAAUCUCUUAGAUUUGCAUUUUAUUUAAUUAAACACAAAAAUAAUGGACAAAUGAUGAACAUGAUGAAAGAUUUUGGUAUAUGUUAGCCUUGUAAAACUAAAACGAUUAUACUUUGAAAAUAAAAUUUUAGUGUACAAUUUGAA